GGGCACCGAGUCGUCUGGCAAGACUGCGGGCACCGAGUCGUCUGGCAAGACUGCGGGCACCGAGUCGUCUGGCAAGACUCUGCGGGCACCGAGUCGUCUGGCAAGACUGCGGGCAUCGAGUCGUCUGGCAAGACUGCGGGCAUCGAGUCGUCUGGCAAGACUGCGGGCAUCGAGUCGUCUGGCAAGACUGCGGGCAUCGAGUCGUCUGGCAAGACUGCGGGCACCGAGUCGUCUGGCAAGACAGUGGGCUCCGAGUCAUCAGGUAUCGGAUUGUCUGGCUCGACAGCGGGCAUCGGGUCACCAGGCAUCAGGUCAUUUGGCUUGCCAGCGGGCACCGCGUCAUCUGGCAAGGCAGUGGGCACGGGGUCACCAGGUAUGACAGCGGGGUCUGAGUCAAUUGGCACGACAGCGGGCACUGGAUCAGGUACCGACCGGAUCAUCUGGAUCAACAGCGGGCAUCGAGUCAACUGG